ACAAACAAACAUCCUUGUACUAAUAUUAUGACGACGUAAUCGAUAAAAACCGUCAUAAAAACAUUUCUCGAUGUCCGAGACAAUGACGUGUUCGUCGGUGCAAAUUUACAGACAGGCCGGAACAUCGAGUUUAAAGUGACUAAAAUGAGUAAAUAGGCCUGAGUUAUCGCUCAUGGAAGAACCAUGUUCAUAGAGAUCGUAUUCACGUUGAUUUUACAAUUGAAUAUCGCAGCUUUCGAGCCAAGUUUGAGUGAUUUCGAUUUGAAUGUGGCGGAGAAAGUUCGAAAGGGUGUUUUUAUCGAAGGUGAUUUUAUAAUCGGUGCGUUAUUUUCGGUACACGUUGGUCCCCGACAUGAUUCCUAUCCUUUGAAAUGUGGACCAAUCAACAGCAGCGAGGGGAUUGAACUGGUUGAAGCUGCGCUUUUUGCAAUUGAUGCUAUAAACAAGGAUAAGAAGCUUUUACCAGGAAUCAAGUUGGGUAUAAAUAUCAAAGACGACUGCGAAGAUGAACGGAUAGCUUUGUAUCAAACAAUGAAUAUGAUAAAGGAGCCGAAAUUCGGCGAAGAAAUGAUAGAUUUCUCUUCUCCUAUCAAUUGCACCAAGAAGUACAGUGGAUCGCCUUUGAUAGGAAUGAUUGGCACGUUGACGAAAUUGAACAUGCUUCACUACGAGAAUCUUUUGAAAUUAUUCAAAAUACCUCAAAUUGGAUAUUCGACUUCGCUUUCAGAGCUCAUAUCACCCUAUUAUUAUUUGAGCGUUGUUCCUAGCGACUAUCAUUUAGCUCUUUUGAUAAUUAAAAUAUUAAAGAAAUUCAACUGGACAUAUGUUUCGAUGGCAUACUCAAAUGAAUACUUUGGUAUGAAUGGUAAAUACUUCUUGGAGCAAUGGGUAUCCAGUUACAACAUAUGUAUUUCGAAUAGCGUCCACAUAAGAGGUGGGAGAGAAAAUGUCGCAUAUGUGAAUACGGUUAACCAAUUGUUCCAGAGCGAUAAAGCCAAAGUGAUUGUUUGUUUUUGCGAUGAAACCAGUUUAAAAAGGAUUUUUCAUGUAAUGCGAGAAUUCGAAUUAACUGGGAAAUAUUUCAUUUUGAACAGCUACGAAUGGCCUAUUUCGGAAGAGUUUUUAAGCGAGUACCAAGCUGAAGCCGAAGGUAUGCUGAUGAUAGCCCUUCGAAACAAUUUGAUACCGGGUUUCGAUGGUUACUUUUCUAGCCUGAAAUUGAAUAGCAACGAGAGGAAUCCUUGGUUUGACGAAUAUUCUAAUUCCAAAUACAUCAACUUGAAUUCCAAUUCCACCAGUAAAAAUUCUAAAAUUCCUUACGUAAUUAAAUCCAUCUACGCUUUCGCUCAAGGGUUACAAGACAUGGUUUUGGAUAUAUGCGGAUCGAGCGGAGCAAGCUUACAAUGUUUGAGAAAGAAACCAUUCAAUACAUCGAAGUACAUGGAAUACCUAAUUGAUCUGGAUUUUCGUUUUUUCAAUGUUGAAAACGUUGAAUUUAGUUUUCACGGGUCACCUCAGAUUGGCAAAUUCGACAUUUACAAUUUCCAAAAAACGCCCAAAUCGCCCAAUUCGUCCAAGUUUGUAAAAGUAGGAUAUUACGAUUGUCAUCACUAUAACUCCAGUAAAAAUUUUUUUCACGAUUUGCACCUGUUUGAGGAUAAAAUUGAACACCUUAGGGCUGAAAAAAUAACUUCAGUAUGUUCCGAGGGAUGUUCAUUGGGGCAAAUUCAAGUGAUUGACAAGGAUCGGUUAUGUUGUUGGCAAUGCAUCGAUUGUGAAGAAACAGAAUACGUGUACAAUAAAACGAAAUGCAUCGAGUGUGAGCCAGGUUUUUUACCAAACAGCAACAAAACAGCUUGCAAAUCAGCGCCUACAAAGUACAUGGGAUGGGACGAUCCAAGAUCAUUGAUCGCAGCUGGUAUAUCCUGCGGUAUAAUCAUCUUAGCUCUAAUGACAGCCAAUAUAUUUGCACGAAAUCGACACACGGCCGUGAUCAGAUCAUCUUCGGCUUCCUUGGAUUACAUUAUGUUAUGCGGUGUGAUCAUUUUAAGCGGCUGUAACUUUACAUUGAUGAUGAAACCUAACGUCAUCGUGUGUGUUUUAGCAAAAACACUUCCCAGUGUAGGAGUAUCGCUGAUCUACAUUCCAGUUAUUUUUAAAACUCUACAAAUAUUUUACGUUUUAAAAGCGAUGAAAAAUCGCGAUCCCAAAUUUCCAUCAGUGAUUAACUCGCUGAAGGCUCAGGUGGCAAUAUCGAGUAUUAUGGUUAUCUUGGAGACUGUAAUUUUGAUAAGUUGGAUACUCAUUCAAGAGCAAACCGUUGUUGAAAGAACCAUUCGAGAUGAACCAGAGACAUCUUUACAUAUCCAUCUUAAAUGCGCUUUCAAGAAGAAACACUGGCUCGAUAUUGUAUUCAUAGCUAUGCACAUUAUCAUGAUCUAUUACGUGAUCAGAAUUAGAAAGCUUUCGCAUAAUUUUCACGAAGCUAAAUUUCUCGCCAUUUUCGCAUUCGUACAGACAUCUACUAAUGUAACAUUCCGCAUCGUGUAUAAUUCCAGCAUUUUUCAGAUCGAUUCCAUGUUUAUGGCAUUUUCUUUGGACAGCUUCGUUACAUUAUUAUUCCUAUUUUUUCCAAAAUUAUACGUUAUAAUCUGGAGACCGGAGAUAAACACGGACGAUAAUUUUAAAUCAUUUAUAGCACGAUAUUAUUCGUAUCAAUAAAUUUAUUACAUAUGUAAGAAGGUAUAGGUAGUAGUUAAUAAAGCCAGCAAUGUUUCAUGUU